UGCUCUCUUGGAUCGACUACUCCUCUUCCACUCUCCGACCAACAACUACAUCUUCCACACACAAACAAUCUUCGCACUACCAAGCACACCCAACCAGCGGACCCCACUGCGAGAUCUACAAGCCUCAAAAACCACACACCAUAUCCUCCCACCACAACACCGCAAAAAUGGCCAAAGUCAAAUACAUCCUCCUCGACUGCGACAACACCCUCUGCCAAUCCGAGCGCCUUGCCUUCGAAGCCUGCGCGGAUCUGACCAAUGAAAUCAUGGAAAAAUACGGCCUCGACGCCCGCUACGACACCGACGCCCUGCUCGAGGAUUUCGUCGGCAACAAUUUCCGCAACAUGCUCAUCGGUCUCCAAAAGAAACACAACUUCUCCAUGUCCGCGGAAGACGUGGACCAGUACGUCGACAUGGAACUCGGCCGCGUGACGAAGAAGUUGAGCGAAAAGUGCGAGGAGUGUCCCGGCGUGACGGAGCAGUUGGAGUGGGCGAAGGCGCAGGGGUACCCGAUGAGUGUGGUGAGCACGUCGGCGAAACCGAGAGUGGUGGCGAGUUUGAAGAGGACGAAUUUGAUGCGAUUUUUCACCGACGAACACGUGUACUCUGCUGCGACCUCGCUCUCCCCGCCGUCGAGUAAACCCGACCCCGCCAUCUACUUGCACGCCUGCAAAGAACUCGGCGUCAAGCCUGAGGAGGUGUUGACGGUUGAGGACUCCAAGUCCGGUGCCACGGCGGCGAUGCGCGCGGGAAUUCCGUGUAUCGGGUAUGUCGGGAUUUACAAGCUGGAAGAGGGAGCGGAGAAGGAAAAGCAGAUGGCCGAGACGUUGAAGGAGCAGACCAAGACGGCGACGACGAUGUACAACUGGAAGGAGUUUCCUGAGUGUAUCAAGGCGAUUGAGGCGAAGUUGUAGUGGAGAGUGGUGAAGGCGGAUGUUGAUGGGGCAUUAUGAUUUUAUGUGUGAACGACACUUCUUAGCGAACUUGCGAUGAU